UUACAGGCGCUAUGAUGCAAACCAAGAGAACCAGUUCUGGUUUCCGGUCUGACCCACGUCUCCUACCACGUAUCCGUGAUACUUGGCAAGCGAAUGAAGGAUAUGACGCGGAGGAUCUCGCCUAUCAUCUUCAACAAACCUAUCCAGAAUAUUCACGGCGGAAAUUUCGCGAUUUUUUGAAGUCAGUCGAAAUUGGACUUCGAAUGAUAAAGAAUGCUAACGUGGUAGAUGACGUGGUCGAUCUGACGAAGGAAUCUAAUGAUACUUCAGCAAUUGUGGAACGAAAGCGAAAGCUAAUGACGAAAACUGUCAAGAAGCUUAGUCCUGCUAAGGACAAACCGGAAACUGGUUUGAAGAAGCCUCGAAAAUUAUAUGCAUCAUUUGGAUCGCUGUACAAAACAGAAAUUAAUGUCGAGCCAAGUGCAUCGCACGUAACGUUCUCAGAUAUCGGUGGUUGCGAGCAGCAGCUUUUGGAAGUUUGCAGUUUCGUCAUGUAUCUUUUACAUCCAGAAAUUGAUGGUCUGCUUGGAGUUACACAUCCUUCUGGCUUUUUGCUUCAUGGUCCUCCUGGAUGUGGAAAAACAUUAUUUGCUCAAGCCAUUGCAGGGCAGUUCAAGCUACCAAUUUUAAAAGUGGCAGUAACAGAAUUGGUUUCUGGAGUAUCCGGCGAAACCGAGCAAAAAAUACGAUUAUUAUUCAACAAAGCGAUCGAAGUAGCACCAUGUGUUUUACUUUUGGAUGAUAUCGAUGCCAUUGCCUCCAAACGGGAUAAUGCACAACGUGAAAUGGAGAGACGUAUUGUAUCACAGCUUGUUGCUUGUCUUGAUGAUUUGUCAAAUCCGAGAGAAGAUGUCGAACUGAACGCGGACAGCACAGAUGUCGAUCUUUCAAUUAGAAAAAUACGUAAAGGGAAUCUAGUUCUUGUAAUAGGUACCACAAGCAGAGUAGAAACUAUAGAUCCAGCUCUACGAAGAGCUGGUCGUUUCGAUAAGGAAAUAGCGUUGGGAAUCCCGGAUAAACGUACUAGAUUGAAAAUAUUGGAGAUUGUUUGCAGAAGCCUUCGAUUGAAUGACAGAGUAGUACUACAAGAAUUGGCACGUCUUACUCCAGGAUAUGUGGGAGCUGAUCUUAAAGCUCUAUCGAAGGAAGCAGCAUUAUGUGCAGUGAAAAGAGCAGUAAAUGGGAUAUUCGAAGCAGCAGGUGAACGUAAAUAUGGGAAGAAGAAAAUUGAAGAGACCGAGUUAGAAUUACAGAAAAUGCUUACUUGGCUAGAGUCAUCGCAGCAAUUGGAUGAUAAUGAUUUACGGAAAAUUCGUGUAACGAUGGAAGAUUUCAAUAGCGCAUUAACAUUGGUGGAUCCAUCGGCUAAACGUGAAGGAUUCGUCACUGUUCCAGAUAUCACUUGGAACGAUAUUGGUGCACUAGAAAGCGUUCGCGAAGAGCUGAAAUGGAGCAUACUGAUUCCUAUCCAACAACCUGAACUUUUUUGUGAAUUUGGAAUGGAAAGUAGGCCUCAAGGAAUACUGCUAUGUGGACCACCAGGUUGUGGUAAAACAUUACUGGCGAAAGCUGUUGCCAAUGAAAGUGGCAUGAAUUUCAUUAGCAUCAAAGGGCCUGAAUUACUAAGCAUGUAUGUUGGAGAAAGUGAAAGAGCAGUGCGUACCGUUUUCCAAAGGGCAAGAGAUUCUUCACCGUGUGUCAUUUUCUUCGAUGAAAUUGAUGCACUUUGUCCAAAACGAACAAGCAAUGAGACAAGUGGAAGUUCACGGUUGGUAAACCAAUUGCUCACAGAAAUGGAUGGUGUAGAAAUCCGGAAAGAAGUAUUUCUAAUUGGAGCAACAAAUCGUCCGGACAUUGUUGAUGGCGCUGUUUUACGUCCUGGAAGGUUGGAUAAAAUACUUUUUGUUGAUUUUCCAAAUAUGAAAGAGAAAGAAGACAUCCUUUGCAAAAUAACGAAAAACGGAAGACGUCCUCACUUAUCAGACGAUUUUUCUUACAAAAGUAUUGUUGCAGACCCUGCUCUCGAGUGGUUCACUGGAGCUGACAUAGCGGCACUUGUGCAUGAAGCGGGUAUUAUAGCUAUGCAGGAAAGCAUAUCUGGAAGCAACACAGAUGGAUGUCAUCGAGUGACUAUGAGACACUUCCAAAAUGCGGCCAGGAGGAUAAGGCCGUCUGUCCCAGAAAAAGACCGAAUUGUUUAUCAGAAGUUGAAGGAAAUGUAUGGAAAAUUGAAAUAACUAUAAAUUUAUGUUUAAAUUAAAAUAAAAUCGUGAAGAAAAUGAAGUGAACUAGUCAUUAAAUUGUGUACUUUACAGUACUUCUGAACGUAUUAUGGCUACAGCAGAGCGUGUUUUAG